CUCACAGCAUAGAUGGAAGAUAGACGGCACAGAAGGUAGAACAAUUCUGACUAGAGACUAGACUGAAGGAUGUUGCGUUCCAAAGGGCGCCAGCGGAAGGUGUGCGCGGUUGCCUUGGUUUUUCUUGUCCUGACGGCUUGCUUUGGACGACCAGCACCUGCAGCGCUCCUAGUUGGACCCCAAAGUGUUGCUGAUCUCAUCGAUCGGGCUGGAGGUGUGCGAAUCCUUUUGGGCUCAUCAGCUAUUGGUGCUGUGGCUGGUGGACUUUGCUUGACAAACUUGCCAAUCGUUAGCUCCUUUGGGAUUCCUAUCGGUGCUGUGGCGGGCGCAUACUGUGCUCAGCUGCCAGAUGAUGGCACCACAGCAGGAAAGGCGGGUCAAGUUUGUCGGUCCUUGGGGCAUGCGGCCACGAUCUUCAUCAAAGAAUUUCAGAGUGAGUACCAAAAGCAAAGCGGAUGACCAGGGGCAAAGCGGAUGCCCUAAGGCCCUAGGGCGAUUGGUUUCACAGUCCCAAAGAGAAAGAAUGAGGGGAAACAUUUGUACAAAGAUCUUGAGUGCCAAGUGCCAUCGAUGCACAGAUGGCUCAAACUCAGUGCGAGGCAAACAUGGCAAGAUAAAAAAGUUCUUUCUCUCCAAAAGUUCAUCAAUGC